CACCCCACUCUCACAGACACCAUGGCUGACAAGAAGGCAUCCAAGGCGUUCCCGCUCGCCACCGACGAGCUCCAUGCCACCAUCCUGGACAUGGUCCAGCAGGCCGCCAACUACCGCCAGCUGAAGAAGGGCGCUAACGAGGCGACCAAGACGCUCAACCGUGGUAUUGCCGAGCUUGUGGUGAUGGCUGCCGACACCGAGCCGAUCGAGAUCCUUAUGCACAUUCCGCUCCUGUGCGAGGACAAGAACGUGCCGUACGUCUUUGUGGAGUCGCAGGCUGCGCUUGGCCGUGCCUGCGGUGUCUCCCGCCCGGUCAUUGCUGCCUCCAUCACCGUCUCGGACGGCUCGCAGCUCCAGACCCCGCUCAACAACCUCAAGGACGCCAUCGAGCGCCUCCUCAUCUAAUCGGCCCUCGCCCUCUCUUAAACUCCCGAACAUCCA